AAACCAUCAGAAUAGCUAAAGAGCGAGAGAGAGAUAACAUCCAAAGGCCAAUAUCUCAUCAUCUCUCUUCCUCUCCAAAAUCUCCAAAUCCAGACACAUUUCAUUCUUCCACGUUCUUGUCAGAUUUCACUUCUGAAAGAACAAGAAGAAGAAAAACCAUCAGUUUUCAGCCAUAAAUUCGAUUUUCCUUUUCAUUUUUCAGUUCUCUUUUCAAAUCCGCCAUGGAAAAAGGAUCCGAAGAUCAAACCAAGCCCACCCACCGUCUCGAUCGUCUGAUCUUCCCCGCGUGGGCUCGCGACGUCUCUGAAUGCGAGGCCCACUACAACGUCACCUCCUCAUCCGGCCUCCCGUCCUCCGAGAUCCCCAUCCUCCGCGAGAUCUACGGCUACAACGAGCUGGAGAAGCAUUCCGGGCCGUCGAUCUUCCGUCUCGUCCUCGACCAGUUCAACGACACUCUCGUCCGCAUCCUCCUCGUCGCGGCCGUCAUCUCCUUCGUUCUCGCGUACUAUGAUGGCGAUGGCAGCGGCGAGGCGGGCUUCGCGGCCUUCGUCGAGCCUAUCGUGAUCUUCUUGAUCUUGAUCGUCAAUGCCAUUGUCGGCGUCUGGCAAGAAAGCAAUGCCGAGAAGGCUCUAGAAGCUCUGAAAAAGAUCCAAUCAGAGCAUGCCACUGUCAGACGCGACGGGCGGACUGUCCCGAACCUGCCCGCAAGAGAGCUUGUCCCCGGAGACAUCGUCGAACUCCAUGUGGGGGACCGGGUCCCCGCCGACAUGCGGGUUUUAUCCCUUAUAAGCUCCACCGUGCGGCUCGAGCAGGGUUCAUUGACGGGCGAGAGUGUGGCUGUCAACAAGACCCAUCGGAAGGUUGAAUCCGAGGAUGCGGAUAUCCAGGGGAAGGAGUGUAUGGUUUUUGCCGGGACCACCGUCGUGAACGGUGUCUGUUUGUGUUUGGUCACACAGAUAGGCAUGGACACAGAGAUCGGGAAGGUGCAUUCGCAGAUCCAUGAAGCGUCACAGACGGAUGAAGAUACGCCGUUGAAAAAGAAGCUGAAUGAGUUUGGCGAAGUUUUAACGGCUAUGAUCGGUGCGAUCUGUGCCCUCGUCUGGUUGAUCAAUGUGAAGUACUUCCUUACGUGGGAUUAUGUUGAUGGGUGGCCUAGGAAUUUCAAAUUUUCUUUUGAGAAGUGUACGUAUUAUUUUGAGAUUGCGGUGGCAUUGGCAGUGGCUGCGAUUCCGGAAGGUUUACCGGCAGUGAUCACGACUUGUUUGGCACUCGGGACACGGAAGAUGGCCCAGAAGAAUGCGUUGGUUAGGAAGUUACCGAGCGUUGAGACGUUGGGGUGUACGACUGUGAUUUGUUCGGAUAAGACUGGGACACUUACAACCAAUCAGAUGUCAGUGGCAAAGCUGGUGGCAAUGGGGCAGGACAGGGAUCGGAUUCGGAAGUUUAGAGUGGAAGGGACUACUUAUGAUCCACAUGAUGGGAUAAUACUUGAAUGGCCGAGUGCCGGCAUGGAUCCGAACCUUCAAAUGAUUGCAAAGAUCGCGGCCGUUUGCAAUGAUGCUGGGAUUGCACAUUCGGGCCAUCAGUACAUCGCCAGUGGACUGCCAACAGAGGCAGCUCUGAAGGUACUUGUUGAGAAAAUGGGACUGCCGGAAAGCAUUGAUCGUUCAUCUUCAGCCUUUUCUGGCUUUGUAUUACCUUGCUGUCAAUGGUGGAAUGAGAUGGAACACAGGAUCGCAACUCUUGAAUUUGACCGUACCCGGAAGUCGAUGGGAGUUAUUACAAAGUCAAACUCAGGAAGAAAUUUGUUGCUAGUGAAGGGUGCAGUAGAGAAUUUGUUGGAGAGAAGUGCAUAUAUUCAGUUGGUUGAUGGUUCUGUAGUCAAUUUGGAUGGGACUUCAACAGAUCUACUAUUACAAGCCCUUCAUGAAAUGUCUACAAGUGCAUUGCGUUGUAUAGGUUUUGCGUAUAAGGAGGAUCUUUCUGACUUUGCAACAUAUGAUGGCGAAAAUCAUCAUGCUCAUAAGCUUUUACUUGAUCCCACUAAUUAUCAAUCCAUUGAGACUGAUUUGAUUUUUGUUGGCUUGGUUGGGCUGAGGGAUCCUCCUCGGGAAGAGGUUCACAAAGCAAUUGAGGACUGCAGAGCAGCUGGUAUCCGUGUAAUGGUUAUAACAGGAGAUAACAAGAAUACAGCAGAAGCAAUUUGUCGUGAAAUAGGUGUUUUUGGGCCUAAGGAAGACAUUAGUACAAAGAGCUUAACAGGGAAAGAGUUUAUGAACCACCCUGAUCCCAAACAUUACUUACGGCAAACUGGUGGGCUUCUUUUCUCCAGGGCUGAACCAAAGCAUAAGCAAGAGAUAGUAAGAUUACUCAAAGAAGAUGGUGAGGUGGUUGCAAUGACCGGUGAUGGGGUGAAUGAUGCACCUGCUUUGAAACUGGCUGAUAUUGGUAUUGCCAUGGGCAUUGCUGGAACAGAGGUUGCAAAGGAAGCAUCUGACAUGGUGUUAGCAGACGAUAAUUUUAGCACAAUAGUUGCUGCAGUUGGUGAGGGCAGAUCUAUUUACAACAAUAUGAAGGCCUUUAUCAGGUACAUGAUCUCCUCGAAUAUUGGUGAAGUUGCCUGUAUAUUCCUAACAGCAGCUUUGGGUAUUCCUGAAGGGCUGAUACCAGUUCAGCUUCUGUGGGUCAAUCUGGUCACGGAUGGCCCCCCUGCAACAGCUUUAGGAUUCAACCCUCCUGAUAGAGAUAUAAUGAAGAAACCCCCUCGAAGAAGUGAUGAUUCAUUGAUCACUGCGUGGAUUUUGUUCCGUUAUUUGGUCAUCGGGCUGUACGUUGGUGUGGCGACUGUGGGCGUUUUCAUCAUAUGGUACACCCAUGGCUCCUUCUUGGGCAUUGAUCUGAGUAAAGAUGGCCACACGCUUGUCACAUAUUCACAGCUCUCCAACUGGGAUCACUGCCUUUCUUGGGAGAACUUCACUGUCUCCCCAUUCACAGCUGGGUCUCACACGUUCUCCUUUGACAACAACCCCUGCGAUUAUUUCCAGUCCGGGAAAGUGAAGGCCAUGACCCUUUCUCUCUCUGUGUUGGUCGCCAUCGAGAUGUUCAACUCACUGAACGCUCUGUCUGAGGAUGGCAGCCUCCUGACAAUGCCGCCGUGGGUCAAUCCAUGGCUCCUCCUGGCCAUGACUGUCUCCUUCGGCCUGCAUUUCCUGAUCCUCUAUGUCCCUUUCCUCACAAAGGUGUUCGGGAUUGUGCCCCUCAGCCUGAACGAGUGGCUCCUCGUGUUGGCUGUCACAUUGCCUGUGAUCCUGAUUGACGAGGUUCUCAAGUUGGUGGGACGGUGCAAUAGUAGGACCCACUUCUCAGGUUCAAGACCAUCCAAGAAGCACAAGGAUGAUUGAGGUGCGGUAGCUGCUGACAUUGAUACAGUUGAAAUCUCUAACACGGUUGGCUGCAAGGUGUGUAUCUCUAUUGGAUGUUGAUGUGUUGGCUGAUGGCUUCUAACCCUUCGUUCUUUUCUAGAGGGUGGAUCUGAGCUCGAGUAGGAUAUGAAGGGAUUUGGGAUUUCUCAAUAACCGAAUUAGGAGAGAAUCAAUUCUUCUUCUAUCCUCAGAUUUUUGCAUUCUAGAACUCUUGUUUCAAUGCUAGAAUAGAAGCAUUUAAUUCUAGUAAUUUUUUUUUAAAAUUUUAAAAUUGUUGUCCGAUUGCUUUUGCUGACCACUCCUCAUGAUAGAUGCAUGUAGAGUUGGGCUGGCCUUUUUGAGUUCUUUAUAUGAUACCCACUGCUUCUCAUGGGUUGAUGUCUUA